CUGGCCAUGUCGUAUCCUCAGGGUUACUUGUACCAGCCGUCAGCGUCCUUGGCUCUCUACUCCUGCCCGGCGUACAGCACCAGCGUGAUCUCCGGACCCAGGACCGAUGAACUUGGGCGAUCUUCUUCGGGCUCCGCUUUUUCCCCUUAUGCCGGAUCUACCGCGUUUACUGCCCCUUCCCCGGGUUACAACUCCCACCUCCAGUACGGCACCGACCCGGCCGCCGCCGCCGCCGCCGCCUUCACUUCCUACGUGGGCUCGCCCUACGACCAUACGCCGGGCAUGGCCGGCUCCCUGGGGUACCACCCGUACGCGGCGCCGCUCGGCUCCUACCCCUACGGGGACCCUGCGUACCGCAAGAACGCGACGCGGGACGCUACGGCCACUCUCAAGGCCUGGCUCAACGAGCACCGGAAAAACCCCUACCCCACCAAGGGCGAGAAGAUCAUGCUGGCCAUCAUCACCAAAAUGACCCUCACCCAGGUCUCCACCUGGUUUGCUAACGCGCGGCGGCGGCUCAAAAAGGAGAACAAAAUGACCUGGACCCCGCGGAACCGCAGCGAGGACGAGGAAGAAGAGGAGAACAUCGACCUGGAGAAAAACGAUGAAGAUGAGCCCCAGAAACUGGAGGAAAAGGGGGACCCUGGGACGCCGGACACAGGAGCGGCGGAUCCUAAGGCAGCACCGGGCUGCGAGCGUCUCCAGGAGUCCCCCGGCCCCCAGGAGGCCGAGGGCGGCCUCAGCGACUCGGAUUGCAAAGAGCCGGCGGAGGAGCGGCUCGACGGGCCGCCUGGUCCCCCCAAGGCGCCCGGCUCUUCCCCGCUGGGGCCGUGUCCGGCAGGUCGCGGGCUGCCGCCGGCGGGCGGCGAAGAAUCCCCACUAUACCGCCCGCCUUCCGCCGCCGCAGGGCCGCCGCACGCCACCGACCUGCACCCGCUGCUCCCCGCCGCCACCGGCGCCUCCGUCAUCCACUCGCCGCAGCAAGCGGCCCUCGCCAAGCCCAAGCUCUGGUCGCUGGCGGAGAUCGCCACCUCGGCGGACAAGGCAAAGGAGGCUGGCAGCGAGGCGGCGCCCCCCGGGCCCACCGUGAUAGGUGGCGGCGGCCCGUCGCGUUCGCCGCCGCGGCCGCGCUCGCCACCGGCGCAGUGCCCUUUCCCCAACGGGGCGGUCCUGCCGCGGCCGCUCUACUACACGGCGCCGUUCUACCCCGGCUACACGAACUACGGCUCCUUCGGGGCCCUGCAUGGGCACCCCGCCGGUGGCCCCGCUGCCACCGCGCCCGGCGCCCACUUCAAUGGAUUAAACCAGACUGUCCUCAGCAGAGCCGAGAGCCUGGCUAAAGACACUAAAAUGAUCAGGAGCCAGUCCCAAGUAGACCUUUGCAAAGACUCACCUUACGAACUGAAGAAAGGUAUGUCCAACAUUUAA